AUGGACGAGUCGAUCGAUCCGGCCGAGAAGCGGCUCAAUGAGCUUGGAUACAAGCAAGAGCUUAGAAGAAAGAUGACGUUAUUUAAAACACUAGCGAUUUCGUUUUCGACGAUGACGCUUUUCACGGGGAUCACUCCGCUGUACGGUCCGAGUCUGCUGUACGCGGGGCCCGCAACUCUUGUUUGGGGUUGGGUUAUCGUCUCUUUCUUCACUUGGUUCGUCGGAUUCGCCAUGGCCGAGAUUUGCUCCUCUUUCCCGACGACCGGAUCGCUGUAUUUUUGGGCUGCACAUUUAGCCGGCCCGAAGUGGGGCCCGUUUGCAUCGUGGUGCUGCGCUUGGCUCGAAACAAUCGGCCUGAUUGCCGGCAUAGGAACACAGGCCUACGCGGGAUCACAGACUCUGCAGAGCAUCAUAUUACUGUGCACCGGCACAAAUAAAGACGGAGGAUACCUCGCCCCUCGAUGGCUAUUUCUCUGCAUGUAUAUGGGCCUCACAAUUAUAUGGGCUGUGCUCAACACAUUUGCGCUCGAAGUCAUCGCCUUCAUCGACAUCAUCUCGAUAUGGUGGCAGGUAAUUGGGGGAUUAGUGAUUGUGAUCUUGCUUCCCCUCGUAUCGCUGACUAGGCAGUCUGCUUCGUACGUAUUCACUUCAUUCGAAACAGCACCUGAGUCGACCGGAAUAUCUAGCAAACCAUACGCAGCGAUUCUCGCUCUUCUCGUGAGUCAGUAUUCUCUAUACGGGUACGAUGCCGCCGCGCAUUUGACCGAAGAAACAAAAGGUGCCGACAAAAAUGGACCUAUAGCAAUUCUCGCCAGCAUAGGCAUCAUUUCAUUGUUUGGAUGGGCAUAUAUUUUGGCUCUUACUUUCAGCAUUCAGGAUCCUGCAUAUCUGUUUGACACGUCUAACGAAACCGCGGGGGUAUUCGUGCCGGCUCAAAUAUUGUACGAUGCGUUUUACGGGCGGUAUCAAAGUUCGACGGGGGCAAUUAUUUUAUUGUUUAUAAUAUGGGGUUCCUUCUUCUUUGGUGGACUCUCAAUAACCACUAGUGCAGCUAGAGUGGUAUACGCUCUAUCAAGAGACAAAGGAGUCCCAUACUCACAAAUAUGGAGAAAACUACACCGAAAGCACAAAGUACCAUCAAACGCCGUAUGGCUCUGCGCCGCCAUCUGCAUCCUCAUGGGACUGCCGAUCUUGAAAGUCAACGUGGUCUUCACCGCCAUAGCUUCCAUCUGCACGAUCGGCUGGGUCGGCGGCUACGCCGUACCAAUCUUCGCCAGAUUGGUAAUGGCGGAGAAGAAUUUCAAUCCGGGCCCAUUUUAUUUGGGCCGAGCAAGAAGGCCCGUUUGCUUGGUUGCCUUUCUCUGGAUUUGCUACACUUGCUCGGUUUUCCUGCUGCCGACUUAUUAUCCAAUCACGUGGAAUACAUUCAACUACGCGCCGGUUGCUUUGGGUGUUGGGUUGGGAUUGAUAAUGCUUUGGUGGGCUGUUGAUGCAAGAAAAUGGUUCAAGGGACCUGUUAGAAAUAUCGAUAAUAUUAUUAUUCCCAACAUUAAAGUUUAAUUAGUAUUUAGUACUAGGUUUUAUUAUCCAGAUUGAUUUCUUUCUU